GUUCGAUUUGCACAACAGAAGACUUCCGAUUAUGGAAGAUGCGUCUUCUGUGCGUUCGAUUUGACCUCUUAUCUACUCGGAAGUUCUUCUGUCGCUUCCAGCCAGCACGUGGAAGACGAAAAUCAGCAGAGGAAAAAACAUGGCAGACAACAGGAGUGAAGUAGUUGUAAAAAAUGGCAAUCACCAUACCGUAAUUAAAGUCGACCGAGCGACAAUGGCAGCCAUACAAAGGCGUGAUCCAGCCACUUUAAAGAUGAUUGCUGCCAUGUCAAGUGGACAGGAGGCAAAAUUGGACGAAGCCGAAGAUGCUGACCUUCCAGACAUACCAGUUGCAAAUGACCUUCCAGACCUACCAGCCAGUGACCUUCCAGACCUACCAGCAACUGACCUUCCGGACAUACCAGCAACUGACCUUCCGGACAUACCACCUGUUAUAUCCCAACCUAGUUCCAAGCUGUUCAGUACUAAUGAAAGUUUGGCAUUGAUUGCGAUGUAUUCAGAGAGGAAAGACAAAUUUAAUAGUGCCAAAUAUAGGAAUAAAUCCUUAUGGGAAGAAAUUACACGAGAAUUGAAUGCCCUUACUGAAAAGACACCAGGCUUCUCCGCAGCACAGGUAGAGGGUCGAUGGAAGACUCUAGUAUCAGCAUACAGGAAACACAUUACUAACCAAAACAAGACUGGACAGGGUAGCAAAACAUUUGAGUUUGAGGAGGAAAUGUCACAGGUACUUGGGGAAAGACACGACAUGAACCCAGUGACGAUAAUUGACUCAGGUGAACCCAGUACACAACCAAAUGAACCCAGUGAACCUGAUGGUGAAUCUGAUGAGAAAGGUCAAGUUUUUCAAGUCAUUCCACCUGAAAUUUUGACAAAAAUUUUGUCAUUUUUGGACAUUGAAGAUCUGCAAAAUGUAGCUUGUGUCAACAAGACAUUAAAAAGUAUUACAUUCAACCCAAUGCUCUGGCAUUUAUAUACAUCCAUAUGUAUGCAUCGUAUCUCAUGGAAUCCAUAUAUCUGUGCAGGUUGUCUUGCAAUGUCUGUGAACUGUGUAUAUCUAAAUAUUGAUGCUAAACUUGUUUCAUCUCUAUCAUUUUUGCCAGAAAUGAAAAAAUUGGAAAGCCUGAAAAUUAAGGGAGCACAGAAUAUUCAUAUACCAGUUUCAGACAUUCAGCAAAAUUUAGGCCUUUGUGUUCAUCUCAAACACCUUGAAAUUUCAUCAUUGCCGCAAGUUGAUGAGAGUGUGUUCAUUCAUUUGUCUGAAAAUCUGUCUAAUACUCUUGUGUACUUGCAUGUGGAAAAUACCUUAACAUCUGUAUCACCAGCAUGUUUACAAAGACUUUUGGUCAGUCUCAAAGAACUAAAAGCAAUCUGCAUCACUCCUUCACAGGAUAUUGAAGGUUGGGCAUCUAUAUUAAAUUUGUAUUGUGGCAGAGUGUGCUUUGGGCAUGCAAUUUUAGACCGAAUUCCCAAAAGACUGUUGAACAAAAGUCUACAGGCAUAUUGUAUGAUGCCUUUCAAUUUUGAGGCAGAUUAUUGAAAUGUUCAAAAUUCAAAAAAA